CACAGUUUCAGGCUGGGUAUAAAACCGUAUCCAAAUGAAUGUUUUUUCUCCAACAAAGUCGUUCUAUCUUCAUCAUGUUCUCUAACAAGUACACCCUCGCUUUCCUCGCUAUUGGCGCUGCAUCUGUCAAUGCCUUCACUGGAACAGCUUACUUGGCCGUAGCUCCUCGCCCCCCGACGAUCGCAUGCCCUCUAGUCUGCCCUCCGUCCGAUAUCCAGCCAGGCGUAGGUGUCGCCCCCGACAAGAUCACGGAAGGUAGGGCGCACUGCUGUGAUACUGUCGCAAUUGCCUACGGAGGCCAUAAUAUUCAAGCGAGGAUUACCGGCGUCUGCCCUUCUUGCCAUGGUUCUGAUAAUAUCACCUUGAGCACUGAAGUAUUCCAGCAAAUCGCGGACCCAGCCCUUGGACAAAUUUAUCCAGUUGUGUGGAAUGUUUUGGGAUAAAUAGGAUCUUGAAGAGUCUGAGUUGAGAUAUUCGAAAUUUUCCGGUUGACUCAUGGUGGAUCUUACCGUACUUAGUAGCUAAUAGUAUUAGUAUGCGGUAAUUUUGGAUCUGAACUU